AUAACAGGAUGUGAGUUGAGCUGUUUUGGGGUGAGGCGGUACGUUCUGGGGUGCACAACUUUUUGCGUGUUUGCGCAGUUUCGCAACGUUUAAUACAUUCUGGAUAGACCGACACACAACGUUUAAACCAGCGGGGCUCAGCAGCAACGUGUUCAAAUCAGCGGAAAUACCAGAGCAGGCCGCUGCACGGCACCGUUUCCACACAUUCACCGUCUCAUGCGUGGUUUACUCGUCGGUUGCUGCGGGGAGAAAGUUGUGGACAUUUUUCCCCCUGAAGUGCACGGUUUUACGAUACAGUGUGCAACAUUGUAACUACGUUUACGAGCCUCUCCAGCCUGUCCGGGUUUUUGGAUUAUGUGUUCGUGGGAUUGUAAACUCCACUGUUCGCCAUAUUGUGCGCUGUGAAACUCGAGGGAAAGUUGUCUGAGUUAUGACAUUUGCUGCGCAGAAUCCCUUCAUGGAGCUGCAUGCAGUCGACUUUGAUCGAAACCAAAGUGACUCCAUGGAGCUGGCCAUGGAGAGCUCCGUGCACCAUUGAUAAGGUCCGGCACCAUAAAGAGGAUGAGAAGAAAGGACAGCAAACCUCAGAUUUGAUUUUGGAAGGAGGGUUACAUGCUCCCCACCCUGCACUUUCCUUUGGGAUUUAUAUUUCCUCCCAAAUACCUCUGUAUACACAAUUAGACAAAGAAAGCACACUACAGAGGCAGUAACAUUUUGCACGCUUAGAGAUCAAGAUUGAGAGCUCUUACUCCAACAUUACCUUAUACUAUUACUAUGAGUCUUCCUUCUCAAGUUCAUACUGACAAGAGCGGCAAGCAUCGGGCUGCAGCCAUGAAAGAGCCUGUGCAGCAUUCAGGCGAGGUUUAUUAUGGUAUCGGACCUCCGACUUUAGAGUCAAGCCACAGUGACUCUGCUAGCAGCUCUGGUGUUUACAACCCAGAGAAAGGGCCCCAAAGUCUACCGCACUAUCAGCAGACUGCUCCAGUAAAGUGGAUGCACCAGGACUCUGUACAGGCCCCCGGCUGGUCUCAGGAGGCUCCUGCUUCAGCCUGGGGGCAGAACUUUGGCCCCUAUAUGAGUGGAGCGAAUGUCAGGGGUCACAUGGCGUUCCACAAAGGAGUCCAUGAGGGUGUAGCUCUGCCAAUGGGGGGAGAAAAUCCACUGCCAGGACCUGUUGAGGUUUACAGAGAUGCCACCCAGGCUCAAGCUCAGGGGAGGGGGCUCGAGUGGGAGCACGCUGCGGCUGCAAUGCACCAGGCUCAGCUGCAUGUAUAUCAAAACGCCCAUAAAGGUGUGGAGCUCCAGGGUCAGCCCCAUGUACCUUCUCACACUUUGCAGGGGUCCAUGCUGCAGCCCUUCCAGACAACAUUUAGGCCCAGCAAGCAACAGUUUUCAUCAGGUUAUUACUCUGUUUUUCCAGGCAACAAGGGAAUUCCGAGCCUGGCGUAUGGUGAGCAGCCUAAAACUCAACAACAGCUACUACACCAUAUGCAGCAGCAGCAACAACAAAUGCAUCACAGUCGCCAGCAGCAACAACAACAACAACAGCAGCAGCAGCAGCAGCAGCAGCUGCAGCAGCAGCAGCAUCACCUUCAGUUGCAUCAGCAGCAACAUCUGCAGCAACAGCAGCAUCACCAAAUCCAACAGCAUCAAAUGCAACAGCAACAACAGCUGCAGCAAAUGCAGCAACAGUAUCACCAGCAACAGUUACAGGAGCGACAGCAACAAAUUCAGCAAAUGCAACAACAACAGCAGCAAGUGCAACAACAAAAUGUGCCACAGCAAGAAACAACACAACCACAGGUGCAACCAAACCAGCAACAAACCCAAAACUUUGUGAUUUUUCAGCCUCCUAAGCCUGGUCCACCUGACACAGCACCUAAAGAGGAUGUCCAGUCAGUGGUGCCGCAGCAGGAACCAGAGGCCCAAACCAGUGAUGCAUCACCCGUACCUGAUCCAUGCCCCGAAAAGGUAGCCACAAACCCUGCAGAGCUUUCAGAUGCACUGCUGGCUGCCCCUCGGCGUUCACGUCGCCUUUCCAGGGAGGGACAGUCCCCACUGGGACCCCCUUCGACAAACAUUUGGUCUCAAGCAUCCAAAGAGCCUCCACCAUCCCAUAACGGAGUAGCAGGCACUCAGGCUGUUAAAGGAGGGGAAGUGACAACAGGAGGGGUCAUCCGUAGGAGAAGGAGAGCAUCUAAGGAGAUUAACUUGGAAACUCUGGCUCAGAAGGCUUCAGAAAUGGAGUCCCUGCCUGCUAAAAUGUUCAAGCAGGAAGAUGGUUCUUCAGGCAGACAGGCCAAUAUGGUGCCUCUGGUUAUCCCUGUAUCAGUGCCAGUGCACAGUAGACAAGCAGAUCCUCAGGGUGGCUGGACUCAGGGACGACUCGGCCAGGGUGAGCGGCCUGCAGGACAAUCCGAUCGCAAACCUGUCAUUGUGGCUCGUCGGCGAUCACUCAGAAACUCCAUGACCGAGAGUUUUGGCCAGGAUGGGGAAAACGAUCCCGGGCCGGACGAGGAUGGAAAAUCCAAAUUUAAGUACCGACCUCGUCCCGAGCCUCUCAUCAUCCCUCCGCACAAACCGUCCACCUUCAUCCCUCCAUCCCUCUACUCCAGCAUCUCUUCCUACCAGAGCAACCUGCGCUCUCCGGUCCGCCUGCCGGACAACCCCCUCACACUGCCCCCGUACACGCCUCCACCCAUCCUGUCCCCUGUGCGCGAGGGCUCAGGACUCUACUUCUCCACCUUCCUGACCAACAUCGCCGUAAGCAACCAAAUUCUGCCACCGCCACCUGCGCCCAAAUCUGCGACGCGCAGUCUGUUGCGCUCCACAAGUUCAGAAAUCACACCUCCUGUUCUGUCCUUGAUCACUGAUGCCGCACCUGCUAGCCUUGAACCGCGUAUCAACAUUGGGCAAAAAUACCAGGCAGAAAUUCCCGAGUUUCAGGAUCAACCUUCCUCCCAGUUUGACCUGCACAAGGCUGACUUGGUUUGGAUCCCUAUGGAGGACUCCCACCUCAAACACGGUGACCAAGAGAGCAUGGAGGAUUUGCUGAACAUGGCUUGUUGCAGUGUGCUCAGGGGCGGAGGAACCAACCAGGAGCUGGUUUUACACUGUUUACAUGAAUGUGGAGGUGAUUUCCUUGAAACACUGGGACGUUUGAUGCUUCAGGACCCAGUUUUCCCCAAUGGUCAUCACCUGGCAGGUUAUCACUACUCAGGCUCUGACUGCUGGACUGCAGAAGAGAAGUGCUACUUCAAUAAGGGGAUCUCUGCCUACAGGAAGGACUUCUUCAUGGUGCAGAAAUUGGUGCAGACCAAGACUGUGGCUCAGUGUGUGGAGUUCUACUACACAUACAAGAAACAGGUGAAGAUCGGACGCCACGGGAUUUUAACCUUCGGCCCGCCAGAUUCACCAGGGGAGAAGCCCACAGAGGUUGUGGUGGACAUUAAGAGUUCACAGCAGACAAAAAUGACUCAAGGAGAGAUGGAUGGAGAUGAAAAUAAGGAUGUUUCUUACGAGAGCAGCCAGCGGGCAAGGGUUGCUCAGUCACUACAGGCUCAUGACUAUGCGGGGACAUUGCCGGUGAUGAAAGAGCCACACUCUUUGAAUAAGGAGGCUCACCACCCGCCAGCACCUCACAGGCCUCGGGCUGAGCCUGCAGCAAAGAAGAGCAAAGCUCCAGCGAAGCCCCCACCGGAUCCUGACGCGGUAUUUCCGUGCAAGAAAUGUGGCAGGGUGUUUUAUAAAGUGAAGAGUCGAAGUGCCCACAUGAAGAGUCAUGCGGAGCAGGAGAAGAAGGCUGCAGCGCUGCGUCAGAAAGAGGAGGAGGAGCAGGCAGUAGCUGAAGCUCGGGCCAGGAAGGUAGCGGUGGCGGCUGCUGCGGCGGUGGCGACUAAUCAGGGAGGAAACGGAUUGACAGAGCAGGCAGAGUUCAGCAGCCAUGAAGACUCAUCUGAGAAAGAGGAUGACAAAGAUGAAGACUGGCACUGAGAGACAAAAAAAAAAAAACAGGAGAGAAGAGAAACCAAUGAGAAGAUGGAUUGAUGGGUAAAAAUAGGGUAGAGAUGGAGGUCGAAUCAGAGAAGGAGAGAUGAAAAAAGAUGUCCUGUCCCACGGAGAGCAGAAUAAAGACUUUCUGUUAAACUUCACACUCCUUCCCCGGCUGACGCUGGCUCUUUGUGACUGCUGUCCAUCAGCCGGCCAGUCACACGCCACAUCUUCACACGUUUUGUAUCUUUUUAAUAUUCAGAGGAAGUUUAUUUUUUUGUAAAUGCACUUAUCCUGUAUGCUUCUGCUUUUGCCAAUAUUGCCUUUUUUUAUAUCCUUUAUUUAAUUGAAUAUAUGUCAAAAUAUUAUACAUUUUCAUUGCGUGGAUUUAUGAUAUUUCUUAAGAUAAUCAGGAUGCCUGUUUAGCACUAAAACAUCAAGAUCAAAGCAAUCUUUCACUUUACAUCAUAAUCCCUUUUAAAUAAAGAUAGAGUAAGAGCUUGUAUUUAUCUUCUUCGGAAAAUACUGUGCUGAAUUUUGCAGAUUUCCAUCAGAUUUUUAGGUUGGUUGCACACUUAUUUUACAACUAAGGGAGCUUUUGAAAUAAUUAUGUACAAAAAAACUAUAUGAGAUGGCCAUAUAUUUAUGAUACUGCAUUUUUGCAAUGAUUUUUGGUAAUAUAAAAACUAAUCAUGUCAGCUGCAAUAAGACUUGUGAAUUGAAAAGUUUAUUAAAAUAUCUACUGUUCUGAAAA